UCCGUUGGAAAUCAUGAGAGUACCAGAGAUUAUACUCUGCCGGCCGAUCAUUCCCUGUGUUGUCCUGCUAUUCCACCGUGCCAAUGCGCUGCCGGGCACAGCUUCACCAGCAUCCAUUUCCUACGGACCCAAUGCGAAUCUCGACCAGUACUCUAUGGUUGUGGUCAUCCUGUUCCUCAUGUGUGCAUUCUUCUUCAUGGCCUUCUUUUCCAUCUAUAUCCGCGAGUGCCUCGAAUCUAGUGCCACAGUGAACCAGACCGCCGGUUCAGCGACUGCCGUCAACACGUGCAGGAACCAGGGUCUCGACCGGGCCAUGAUCGAGACGUGCUUCCCUAUGCUCGUCUACUCCACGGUCAAAGAUCUCAACGUUGGUAAAGGAGCGCUCCAGUGCGCGGUGUGCUUGAGCGAGUUCGAAGACUACGAAAAGCUACGUUUGUUGCCAAAAUGCGACCAUGUGUUCCAUCCAGUUUGCAUUGACGCCUGGUUAGCUUCUCAUUUAACGUGCCCAGUAUGCAGAGCUAUGCUUACACCGGAUGAACUCGCUCCCGAAGAGGCACAAUCCCGGUUGUUGACUCAGGAGGACGCGACGACCUCCGAACUCGGUGAGGUGCAAAAAGACCACAUUUUGAUUGAUAUUGACGAUGAUGAAAGCACGGCGGAGAUCGUGAGCUGUGAUCAGGGGAGUAGGAGAAUAUCGGAGAAUUUCCCGAGAUCGCACUCGACGGGCCACUCACUACUGGUUCAACCGGGAGAGCACACGGACAGGUGUACUCUGAGGCUGCCGGAGGAGGUGAUCAGGAAGCAGAUUGUAGAGAGUACUGGCCGGAAGCUGAGGCGGUCAAGCAGCUACGACGCCGUUCUGGGCAGGCUAUGGAGCUCGAGGAACGGGUAUAGGAACGGUGGAGAUCGUGAAAAGUAGCAGAUGAGGGAAGGGUAGUAAUGUGGAC